GUUUUGCCAGCGGAGCUUAGAGCAUGGCGGAGAGAUGGCGCCAUCGUCUCCACAAUGCCGCGCUCGCGUUUCCAAAAUAUCCAGGGCUGCGAUUCUCGUAUGGCACUUCCGGAUUUCGCACCGAGGCGUCGGUGCUGGGAUCGGUCGCGUUCCGGGCCGGGGUCCUGGCUGGAUUGAGGUCGCUGGUGACGGGCAAGGCGACUGGAUUGGUGAUCACCGCGUCGCACAACCAGGCGACGGACAAUGGAGUUAAGAUGGUGGAUCCGUCCGGAGGUAUGCUCGCCAGGAAUUGGGAGCCAUUCGCCGAAGAUAUUGCCAAUGCGGUGGAUGUUUUGGAGGUUGUGGAGACAAUUAUCAAGAACGAGAGCGUCCACGAAAAUUGGAAAGGAAAAGUUUUGAUUGCAAGAGAUACUAGACCGAGUGGCCAGGCUUUGGUUGCCGCUGCUGUAAAGGGAAUUGAAGCGAUGGGAGUAGCUCCUGUGAACAUGGGAGUUUUGACAACUCCCCAGCUACACUGGAUGGUUCGUGCUACGAACAAAGGUGAGCCACAAGUAAACGAGCUAGCUUACUAUACCAAACUCUCGGAAGCUUUUAAAUUGCUACUGGAUCUCAAUCCUCGUAAGCCGGCCGUACCUCGAUGCCUAGACAUAGUUGUCGAUGGUGCGAAUGGUGUUGGUGCGAGAAAGCUACUUGAUUUGCAAAUGCUUAUCGAGGACUUGAAUUUGGAGGUGCGGAAUUCUGGGGAGGGAGAGCUCAACCAUCUUGUUGGUGCUGAUUUUGUGCAGAAGGAAAAAGUCCUUCCCGCAGGUUUUGCUGCUUCCGCGGAUUCAGACAGAAGGUGUGUGACUGUUGAUGGCGAUGCAGAUCGCUUGGCGUACUUUUACGUAUCCGGCGAUGGAAUUUUCCACCUUUUGGAUGGGGACAAGAUCUUAUCACUGUUCGCACGUUUCUUGAAGCAACAACUUGAAGCACUAAUGGGUUCCGAGAAAGACUGUAUAAUUCCAGGGUAUGGAAGGGUGAAUUUGGGGGCAGUACAGACAGCGUAUGCAAAUGGAUCUUCAACCAAAUAUCUGCAGGAAGUUCUCGGACUUGAGGUUGUCUUAACCCCGACAGGUGUUAAGUAUCUCCAUGAAGAAGCAGAGAAGCUCGACAUUGGAGUGUACUUCGAAGCAAACGGGCACGGUACCGUUCUCUUCAGCGAACGCUUCCUGGACUUUCUUCGGCGAGAGUCCGCCAGCAGUGAAAUUCUGAACAGUCGUUUGCGAGCCUGCAAAAGAUUGCUUGCAGUCAGCGAGAUGGUAAAUCAAGCUAUAGGAGAUGCAAUCAGUGGAUUAUUGAUGGUCGAGGUGGUCCUCACGUAUUCAGCGUGGGAUGUCCGGGAGUGGGAUGCUCUGUACGAGGACGUGCCAAGCAGGCAGCUGAAGGUGAAAGUCAAGGACCGGACAUGCAUCACCACGACAAAUGCCGAAACAAAGGUGUCCAGGCCAGCGGAGCUCCAAACUGCGAUUGACAAGGAAGUCGAGAAUUUUACCAAAGGUCGGGCAUUUGUGAGGCCCUCUGGAACGGAGGACGUGGUGCGAGUAUAUGCGGAAGCUGAAACUCAAGAGCUAGCGGACGAGCUCGCAGCAAAUGUGGCAGUAGCAGUAUACGAGCUUGCUGGAGGAGUGGGUCCUAAACCUGCUAAAAACGUUAUCACAGGAUCGUUGUAGUCAAGAUGAAGAUGGGUUGGAGCUGCUAGAUCCCUCGAGCAUUGUCUCCAGGCUACGCGAGUGUAAAUCUCUGGAAGGUGUGAAGCGGCUUGACAAUCACAUUGUCAAGUGUUUUCCGGAGA